AUUGGCUUUGGUCUUGAUCCCAUUGCUUCACUUGUUGAUCUGACCUUUGUUGGCCAUUUGGGGUCGGUUGAAUUGGCGGCGGUUGGGGUAUCUAUAUCGAUAUUCACGGUGUCAAGAUUGUUUAAUGUUCCUUUACUUAAUAUCACAACAUCCUUUGUUCUUGAAGAGCAAGCAUUGAUUAGUAAAAGCAAGGAUGCAUCAAGGCAAGAAAGUUCUUCCUCGGUGUCCACUUCCUUAGCACUUCUUCUUGGACUUGGCAGCGAAGCGGUUGUACUCUCGGUUGGCUCGGGUUUCUUAAUGAAUAUCAUGGGUAUACCUAUGGAUUCGUCGAUCGUGGACCCGGUGAGCGAUUUGACAUGGAGAGCCUUUGGUGCCCCACCAAUCGUAAUUGCACUUCUUGCUCAAGGCACUUUUCAUGGAUUUAAGGAUACAACGACACCUUUGUAUGCCAUUGGCAAUGCGGGCACCUUACUAAAUGCAAUAUUGGAUGUAAUCUUGAUAUUUCCCUUUGGUUUUGGCGUUGGUGGUCUUGCGGUUGCUCUUGUGAUUUUCGAGUACAUAUCGAUUGCUAUUAUACUUACGUGGGAGUUGAAUGGGAAAGUUGAACUGAUCUCUCCUAAAAUUGGUGGAGUAAAGUUUCCUUUACUUAAAAUCUGUUUGGGUCUCAACCAAAUGAAUGCCGUAGCUUUUGUUCUUGAUGGACUCUAUUAUGGGGUUUCAGACUAUGAAUAUGUUGCAGUGUCUGUGGUGGUAGUUGGAUUGAUCUCAAGUGCAUUCCUACUUGUAGUUGCUCCUUUAUUCAGUGUUGGUAGAGUGUGGAAUGGCUUAUUUCUCUUCAUGACCUUACGUGUGGUUGCUGGAUUUUGGAGGUUGGGCACAAAAAGUGGGCACAAAAACUGAGACAGCAAAGAUAGCAAUGCAAUAUUUGGCAGUUCUUGGUGGUGGAAGUGGGAUAGAGUAUGAAAUCUUGAAGACCAAUCCUAUCCUAGAAGCAUUUGGUAAUGCAAAAACAUUGAGAAAUGACAACUC